AUGAAGAAGACAAGUAAAAGGAACAACCAGAAUGCCACUACACCGCGGAAGAACGGAAUGGCGAAAGAUGUAGAAACCACUAUUGAGAGCACCCAAAGGAAAAGUAAAGAAAAUGAAAAAGCGGAGAUGAGAAAAACCAGUGGGGAGAACGACCAAGUAGAGAAUUUCAACUACAUUAAGAGUUACCUAUCGGAAAUAUUCGAGCUGGCAAAAAGUGACGACUCGGUGACGUCGAAAAGGGAUGGUAACGUGAAGAGCACCCACAACAAAAGUAGCGAAUUCGGUGAAACCAUUUCGCGCCUCCAAACAAAAAAUAAUAGCUUGAACGUCGAGUGGGAUUUGGACAACACGUACGAGUUUGAGACGAUGGAGAGUGGGAGUUACCCAAAUGGGGCCGUACAGUUGGUAGGAGAGGCGGCAAACGUGGGAGAGGCCUCCGCAGGAGCAUCCCUUAGGGGUGGAAACUGUGCACACGCCUUGAGGCUGAAGAAGGCGCUCACGAGCGGGGACGAACGGGAAUACAACAUAUUCGGAAGCAAGUCGCUGUUUAACCAUUUUGGAUCAUUUAACAGAAAUGGCAACCCAGGAGUCUGGUUGAUGAAGAACGAAGAAAUUUAUAAUGCGCCAAAAGGUAAGAGUGUGCAGAAUGGUGUAAGCAUGAAGAUGGCCGAGGGGAGAGGUGAGCAUCUCAUAGAUGAUGUUGUCAGGGGGGUUUGUCCAAUGGAGCCGAGCGGAAACUUCGACACGUUGGAGGGGGGUGGUGAUGAUAAUGCUGAUGAUGCGUUUCCUAUGAGUGGAUCUUCAUUGGAACAGGAACGCUACAGCACUAAUGUGGAACUCCUGCUAGCGCAGCUGGGCGGUAGUAACGGACACAUCGGGGGAUUAGAGACUCUCCAAACGGGGAAGCCACAGGAGCUGAACAAGAAUCUGUUCCAAGUUCUCAGCGGCAGCAACAGGGAGUUCCUUUGUAACUAUAUUAGGAAGUAUCGAGAGAUGGGAGAAUGCGAAGAAGAGGCAGUCAUCGAAGGGGCACACGUCGAAGGGGAAGACAUGGAAGAACGCGUACAAGGGGAAGAUGCCCUCCCUUUUGAUGGCUACGAAAAGGGGAAAAGCGUAUGCUUCGACCUCCCCACCCUGGAGAACAGCCUCAUAUUGAGCCAUCACACCAUCGAGACGUAUGUGAAGAGCGACCGGGGCAACGAAGCAGGCAUUGGUUUCAAAUGGGAAAGCUCAAGAUCGAGCGGGGAGAAUCUUCGUCCGUCGGGCGAAGAAAUAGUUAAAACAGAAAGAGUCGGAACAAGCGGUGACAGCGUAAAUGAAGAGAACGGCGUGAAAGUGAAACACGACCUCAGGGGGAUGAUGGACCAUCGUGAUGACACGAAUGCGGGGGAGUACAAGAGGGAAGGCUACGAGUACACCGAUUCGAAUGCCCCAAAUGGCCAAGAUGUCCCCAACGCCCCAAGUCUGUUUUUCAUCCCCGAAUGGGUUGGAACCGAUCAGGGAGAAACAUGCAUGCAAGGGAAAGGUCUCGACAAGGGGGACCGUGAAGGGAAGAGAAGUGCCACCACUCCGCCCAGCCAUGUGGCACCUCCAGAUGAAUGGGAUGAGAAGACUCCUUCCGUUGGACCCAAUACGAAGGAGUGCACCACGUCAGAGCUCUACAUUAAUUUAUUGCAACUAUUAAACGAUGAGUCUCACAAUGUCAAGGUGGAGAACACGAACGACGAAAUAGUGAUGCACACAGGGAAAAGUCUCUUUAGUGGCGAAACUCACGCGUACUACCAGGGGGAUAUUCUCAGACAUGUGGCACAGGAAGAGGGGGGUAGACAUUCCCAUCUCGAUGACCAGCACACUGGUGGUAAUGAUCCAUUUGCACAUCGGGCCAAUUACGAAUCGGUGCGGAACUAUGCAAACGGGUUAAGUGGGGUGGACGAUGGGGCAAAGAUGAGCCAAGUGGAAAGAGGAGUUACCAUGGGGGACAUCACCAGUGCGGCCUUACCAGUGAAGAACUACUUCAAAUACCCGACUACCCCCUUUCCCAUUUUGCAUGAUAAUGCACCGGGUAGCUUUCGAAAUGGAGGACAGUCUACACAUGGCUCACCGCACCCUAUCGCUAAGAAAAAAAAUGUCAUGUUUGAAGCGUUAAAGAAUAAGAUAGGGUUUCUUCUAGACAACGAGGAUGAUGAGGUGCUUCUCAGUCAAUAUAUUAUGGACUCUAUAGGUGACUAUAACCGUAGUAAAUGGGGAAGGGGCGCCAGCGGUAGGGAGAGCAUGCAAGUGGGUCGCCCCUCCGUUGGAGAGCGUGCAGGAUUAGUCUUUAACCGAGUCGAGGGAGCGUCUGAGAUUGCCACUGGGACGGAGCUACAAAUCGGCUAUGCGAAAGAGAGGACGCAAAAUGGUAUCCUUAAGAGUGAGACGAUUAACUACAAUUGGAAUGGAGCAGCUGAACAGCUGAGAGAAGUGGACCUCCGUGGCCAGAAUCACCACACCUCCAAUUUGCUCCUGGGGAGGGGCCAAACGGACACGUAUAAUUAUAGGUAUUCACAAAUGGAUCGCGUGAGAGGUGGAUCUCCGCCUGAAGGCGCAGAGUUGGCGGCGAUCCGUGAGGACAAAUGGAGGGCGGACAAGUUCAAUGAUGGCACCCCGCACGUGAGGAACAGGACCGAAAGGAGCAGCAUCGCCAAUCUGAAAUUGUUCCUAGCGAACAGUUUGGUGGCAAACAACAUCAGCAAUUCGAGGGCGGUAGCAGUGGAGGCGGGCAUCCCCAGCGGGCAGAUCAGCAAGCACAUCAGCAAGCACAUCAGCGAUUAUACCAGUGGGCAACGUAAUAGCCUUGGCAGGGGCACACCCGGUGGCGAUUCCGCGUUUGGCCAAAAUGGGGACGACACCGAGGCAGGAUGGAAUGCUGGGCCCGUCUCGCCGGCUUCGCCAGUCCUUCCCUCCUCUCCUACCCAUAUUUCCUCGUCAGACGUCCCCGUGAAAGCGCUAGAAGGGAGAAACUCCGCAAACGUGGGUUCUUUCCCCUGGGGGGACUAUUCCAUCGAACGGGGAGAUGCGAUUCGUGGAUCUCUAAGAACAGCUAACAAGGAAGAGGACAACGAAGAGCAGCUCAGAAAAAUAAACGAAAAUUUAUUAUUACUGAGUAGAAGGAAUAGUAGAAGCCUUCGUCGCAGUGAUGUGUCCAGGGUGGAGGAGGGAGAGAGUGCAGCAAAGGAUGCCUCUCCGAAUGGUUACGUUGUGCCACUACACGGGAUGAAUAGCCUGAUGAGAAUCCCCCAAAGUGCACAUCGUGACGGCAGCUUGGCUACCAAGGGGGGCAACUCUUUCCUGAAAAGAGACUCAGCGAAUCUGAAGAUACAUCAACCAUAUGGUGGUGGUGUCGGAAGUGACACCCUCAGCGGUGUUGUGGGGUCCUUCGAAAAGGGGCACUUCAUAGACGAGGUGGGGUCGAACUGGUCUAGAUGGAAUUUUAAGGGAAGGGAAAGGGAUAUCGAAGAGGCGAAGAGGGAGGGCAUCCUAUUUGGAGGCAGGAGGGAAGACCUAUCUUUCAGCAGCAGAGGGAAGGGCGCGUUCGAAGACAGCCGAAAUAACUCCCUGUGGAAUAGGAAUGUUGUCUCGGGCUCAUCAAUCACGCGGGGAAGCUACAGCGGAAGAAACAACCACAGCAGCAGCAGCAACGGUCGAUUGGAUCGACUCAAGUCACAGGAAAGGCGAGGGAUGUCCAACACAAGGGGAAAGAAGAAAUCUAUAGAAGCGCGCCAUCAGCUAUCCGCACAAGCCUUAAAGGCAUGUCUGUCGAAAGAGGAUGAGCAGGACUUAGAGGAUCUACUAAACUCUCUUUACGACGACAGGAUCAUUCCGCUGAUCAUCAAUUUGAAAGGAAGGGCAGACGAAUAUAACUUCAGGGAUCUGAUAAAAAACAACAUCAGAAAUGCGUAUGGGUUGUUCCCUGAGAAGUACACAGUGAAGGAGAACUACUCUUCUUCUUCGUCUUCUCCUUCUCCUUCUUCUACUUCUUCAUCGGACAACUAUUUGGUCCAUUUUGCACACAGAAAGGUGGACGAUGAUUAUUUUUUCUCCAUUAACGAUUCAGUAGACAGAUACGAUCCGAGCGUAUGGAAUCAAUUUGAGAAAUAUUUACUCGAAAUAGCCACUUCGGAUGAUCCCCAGAUGUAUUCCUUUACAGGGGGGAGGUAUGGCAUGGCGAAGGAGCUGCAAAGAAGGAAGCUGCCAUUUUUUCAGGGGCUCUAUUUAGGCCAACUAUGUCACAUUGUUCACAUCAGUGCCACUAGAAAAAUCAUUGCCUACGAAAAUAACUUUAUCAAGCCUAUUUCUCAGUGUCGGAAGUACGAGGAUGCGAAGAUGGGCAUCCUGAACCCACGGGGGGGUGAUGCAAAAAAUUAUAUUGCCUCCAUGGAGGAGUUAAAAUUUUAUCUCACUGCUAUUCUCAAGUCUCACAAGAGGGGUAUUAACAUCUCUACGUUGAAAGUGAAAAUGAUGAACAUCUAUAACAAGCGCCUGUGCGAGAGCAUUUUCCACUGCGUAAAGUUGGUGGAGUUGCUGCAGAUGGAGGAGCUGCGCGACGUCUGCGUGGUGGACAUGGAGUCACGCGUACUGCGUGCUGUGGUUGCGCGGUGA